GUAGUCACAUUUCGAUGGGAACCGAACGAAACCCCCUAUAUGAUUGCCACAUGGUUAUUGAUUGCGGCUUUAGCGAAAAUCUCUUAUCUUUGGACUUUCUAGUGUUCCACUUGUACAAACCGAUUGCGAACGCGUUUCCGGACUCCUCACUUCUAAUCGCAGUGGGACUUCUGCUUGGGCUAAUUCUCAAACAAUCAGGAGCACACAUCACUUAUUCUCUUGAUUCGCAUGUGUUCUUCCUGUAUCUCCUGCCGCCUAUCAUCUUUGAUGCAGGCUACUUCAUGCCCAACAGAGCACUUUUCGAAAACUGCGAUUCCGUACUUCUCUUUGCUGUAGUAGGAACAAUAUGGAAUUGCAUAGCUAUUGGAAGCUCAUUGUUGCUCCUUUCAAGCUAUGGACUCUUCUCAAUGGAAUUCUCUACAACGGAAAUCUUCGUAUUUUCCGCACUAAUUUCGGCAGUUGACCCUGUUGCCGUCAUCGCGGUGUUCGAGGAAAUUAAUGUUAACGAAUUUAUCUUCGUGAAUGUGUUCGGUGAAGCACUGUUUAACGAUGGAGUUACU